UUUUUAUUUUUAUAAAAUAUUGCACAAAGAAAAAAUUCCAAGUUAAAUAAAUGGACCUAACAAGAAUACUAGUGAAAGAUGGCGGUUUUGGUACACAAAUGACGGUACACGUGGGUGACGCUGUGGAUGGUGAUCCUUUGUGGAGUGCCCGUUUUAAUGCAACCAAACCAGCAGCAAUUAUUAAUACCCAUCUCGAUUUUUUGCAAAAUGGUGCUGACAUCAUUUUAACAAAUACCUAUCAAACAAGUGUUGAAGGCUAUAUGGAAUAUAUGGAAUUGAAUGAAGAACAAAGCAUUGAACUGAUAAAAAAUACUGUACGUUUGGCGCAUAUUGCAAAGGAAAAAUAUUUAAGUGAAUGCUGUCAAACCGGCUUAAAUAUCGCCAAUGGUUUUCCAAUGAUAAUCGCUUCGAUUGGCCCGUAUGGUGCGCAUUUGCAUGAUGGCUCCGAAUAUACUGGAUCUUAUGCAGAUUACUUGUCAGCCAAAGAUAUUACAGAUUGGCAUAGGGUGCGCAUAGAUGCGUGUUUAGAGGCUGGGGUCGAUGCCUUGGCCAUAGAAACUAUACCUUGUCAAAUGGAAGCUGAAGCUCUUGUGGAUAUGUUAUGUGAAGAUUACGCGGAUGUUAAGUUUUGGAUUUCCUUUCAAUGUAAAGACGAAAAAACCUUGGCUCAUGGCGAAAUAUUCGCGGAGGCCGCCCUCACCGUUUGGGAUCUUUUAAGAGAUCGAAAUGCUCAGAAAAAUUGCUUAGCUAUUGGUGCAAAUUGUGUUCAUCCGAAAUUUGUAACGCCCCUUUUACAAAGCGUUAACGCCCAUAAAAAGACUGAAGAGAAAAUUCCUCUAGUAGUUUAUCCCAACAGUGGCGAAAUAUACGACGUUGACAAAGGUUGGUUGGGCAAAGAGCAUUGCGUACCUUUGGCUGAUUACCUGCCGGAAUGGGCUCAUCUAGGAGCAAAAAUCAUAGGCGGAUGUUGUCGAACUUAUGCUCGCGACAUACGCCUCAUAAAGGAAGCCGUGCAAAAUUAUAAUCAAUGUGAAGAUUGGAAUUAAAUCUUAUGAACAAUUUGCUACCAGCCUGGGCGUUGCUCGCUAGCUAAUCCCGGGUCUUUUAUACAAGAAAAUUUAUUUCUUAGGGCCCGAUGGCUAGACUAGACAUCGAAGAAAUUAAUGGUAUAAAACGCAUCCCACAUUACGAUACAAAAUGCGAAUGACACGAUUUACUUACUAAGCAACUCUGUUAUAAUAUUUUAACUUUGACUUUAUAAUUUUGAAUUUAACUUCCAUAGCACUGUCUUUGAUUUUUCCCAUUUUGAUUUUACAAUUUCGUGAGGUUGACUUUAACUUUCGUAAUUGUAGACGCUUUGAUUUUAUAACAUUGCCAUUGAUCUUUGAAAUUUUUACCUUUGUAGCUUUGAUUUAGUAACUGUUUCUUUACGUAGUAACCUAAUAAU